AUGGAUACCCAGCCAAAACUACCCUUUAAGCAACGCGUCUCUUUUGAGGAACGAAAGGCCUUUGCCAUACAGCUCCGUCAAAAGAAGCCAAAUUAUGUCCCACUUGUCGUCGACAACGAUGGCACGUCCAACGCAAUCAACUUGAAGAAGGACCGUUUCUUCAUCCCAGAAGAUUCAAAGGUGUCCGAUUUUGUCAAGGUGUUGGUCGACAAAUACAUCGAGACAGACGGAGAAACUCCAAUCUCCACAGUUUCCGUCAAAAUCCAGACCCCAAGCAAAGCCGUCCAGCCUUCAAACGAAGACACAAUCGGGUCACUUUACGCGAUGUACCAAGAGGAAGACGGUUAUCUCUACUUCAUUGUUUACAGAGAGAGUGUGUUCGGGUGCUAA